CUAAACCAACUCUCCUUAUUCCUCUUUAAGCUCAAGCAAAGUGAAGCCAACGCUGACACCAAAGAGAAACUCCCUUUACGACUCAGGAUCUUUGAAAAAUUCCCAAACAGACCUCAGAUGGUGAAGAUUUCCAAGCUUCCGUCUGAUUUCACUGUGCCCAGGAUCAGGGAGAGUUUUAUGAAGCAGUUCAUUGAUCGUCAGCAGCAGGAUACCAGCUGUUUGUUCAGGCGUCUCCCCUCUGCCUCUUCGUCGUCCUGUGACCAUUCCAAACGCUCAGCCAUCGAAGACAACAAGUAUAUUGACCAAAAAUUGCGCAGGUCAAUAUUCAGCAUUCGAGCCCGAAACCUCCUGGAAAAGGAAAAUACGAUCAAUAAAAUUCUACGGGCUUGUACCAGACAGCGAAUGCUAAGUGGAUCUUUUGAAGGCCAGCCGACCAAAGAGCGCUCCAUACUUAGCGUGCAGCACCACAUACGGCAGGAGCGCAGAUCUUUGCGACAUGGCUCCACCAGUCAGAGGAUCAGCCGAGGGAAGUCCCUGGAAACACUCACCCAGGACCAUUCCAGCACAGUUCGCUACCGCAAUGCGCAGAGAGAGGACAGCGAGAUAAAAAUGAUUCAAGAAAAGAAAGAACAAGCUGAAAUGAAAAGGAAAGUUCAGGAGGAGGAGCUCAGAGAAAACCAUCCUUACUUUGAUAAGCCGCUUUUCAUCGUGGGCCGCGAGCACCGUUUCAGGAACUUCUGCAGAGUGAUCGUCCGUGCUCGCUUCAAUGCAUCAAAGACCGACCCAAUUACAGGAGCAGUGAAGAACACCAAAUACCACCAGCUGUAUGACCUUCUGGGCUUAGUCACCUACCUGGACUGGGUCAUGAUUGUGGUCACUAUUUGCUCGUGCAUUUCCAUGAUGUUUGAAUCGCCCUUCACCAGAGUUAUGUACGUCCCCACACUGCAGAUUGGGGAGUAUGUUUUUGUGAUUUUCAUGAGCAUCGAGCUCAACCUGAAGAUUAUGGCCGAUGGUCUGUUUUUCACUCCCACGGCUGUUAUCAGAGACUUUGGAGGAGUCAUGGACAUCUUUAUUUAUCUUGUGAGCCUGAUCUUUCUCUGCUGGUUGCCUCCUGACGUCCCCCCUGAGUCUGGAGCUCAGCUGCUAAUGAUGCUGCGCUGCCUGCGUCCCCUCAGGAUCUUUAAGCUUGUACCACAGAUGAGGAAGGUGGUGCGGGAGGUCCUCAAAGGAUUUAAGGAGAUUUUCCUGGUUUCCAUUUUGCUCCUUACACUAAUGCUGGUGUUUGCAAGCUUUGGAGUUCAACUGUUUGCCGGAAAGCUCGCCAAGUGCAACGACCCCAGUAUCCUAAAUCGGGAGGACUGCCAUGGUAUAUUCCGAAUAAAUGUCAGCGUUUCCAAGAACCUCAACCUAAGGCUGAAGGCUGGGGAGAAGAAACCUGGAUUUUGGGUGCCAAGAGUCUGGGCCAACCCACGAAAUUUUAACUUUGACAAUGUGGGAAAUGCUAUGUUGGCUCUGUUUGAAGUUCUGUCUCUCAAAGGCUGGGUGGAGGUCCGAGAUGUCAUCAUUCACCGCGUUGGACCGAUCCAUGGCAUCUACAUCCAUGUCUUUGUGUUUCUGGGGUGCAUGAUUGGACUCACCCUGUUUGUGGGAGUUGUCAUUGCAAAUUUCAACGAGAACAAGGGUACCGCUCUGCUGACUGUGGACCAGAGACGUUGGGAAGAUCUGAAGAGUCGGCUGAAAAUAGCCCAACCGCUCCACCUUCCACCCCGUCCAGAGAAUGGAGGUUUCCGGGCGAAGAUGUAUGACAUUACUCAGCAUCCCUUCUUCAAGCGUGGCAUUGCUGUGCUGGUGUUGGCACAGUCUGUCCUGUUAUCGGUCAAGUGGGACGUAGAUGACGUUCAAGUGACAUUUCCGCUUGCGACCAUGUCAGUGGUCUUCACCUUCAUAUUUGUACUGGAGGUGACGAUGAAGCUUGUAGCCAUGUCUCCAGCGGGUUACUGGCAGAGCAGACGAAAUCGCUACGACCUGCUGGUCACCUCGCUAGGUGUCAUCUGGAUCGUGUUGCACUUUUCCCUGCUGAAUGCAUAUACAUACAUGAUGGGCACAUGUGUGAUUGUCUUCAGAUUCUUCACAAUAUGCGGGAAACAUGUGACGCUGAAGAUGCUGCUGCUGACUGUGGUGGUGAGCAUGUACAAGAGCUUCUUCAUCAUCGUGGGCAUGUUUCUUCUUCUACUCUGCUAUGCAUUUGCCGGAGUCGUUCUCUUUGGAACUGUCAAAUACGGAGAGAAUAUAAAUCGACAUGCCAACUUCUCUACAGCGGGCAAAGCCAUCACUGUGCUAUUCCGUAUUGUUACAGGGGAAGAUUGGAAUAAAAUCAUGCAUGACUGCAUGGUUCAGCCCCCAUUCUGCACCCCCGAUAAACGUCGUUACUGGGAGACAGACUGUGGAAACUAUGCAGGAGCCCUUAUCUACUUCUGCUCCUUCUAUGUCAUUAUAGCCUACAUUAUGCUCAACCUACUUGUAGCCAUCAUUGUGGAGAACUUUUCCCUGUUCUACUCUACCGAGGAGGACCAGCUGCUGAGUUAUAAUGACCUGAGACACUUCCAAAUCAUCUGGAAUAUGGUGGAUGACAAAAGGGAGGGUGUGAUCCCGACAUCCAGGGUGAAGUUUUUGCUCCGUCUGCUCAGAGGAAGGCUGGAAGUGGAUCUGGACAAGGACAAAUUACUGUUUAAACACAUGUGCUAUGAGAUGGAACGCCUUCACAGUGGUGGAGACCUGGAGUACACCAUCGAGGAGGAGGUUGCCAAGCAGACCAUUCGCAUGUGGCUCAAGAAAUGCCUUAAACGCAUACGAGCGAAGCAGCAGCAGUCGUGCAGUAUCAUUCACAGCCUGAGAGAGAGCCAGCAGCAGGAGCUGAGCCUCUUCCUCAAACCUCCCAGCAUAGAAACCACAGUGCCAAGCGAAGACCACAAUACCAACAACCCAGACAACCCCUUGCAGCCUGAGAUGAGUGGUCUCCAGCAGCUUCUGAGCCCCACGUUGUCAGACAGAGGAGGGUACAGGCAGGACUCCACCGACCUGGGGAGACCACAGAGGAAGCUGGGACAGUGGCGGCUGCCCGCAGGUCGCGCUAGUGUCAAGUCUAUUGUUUAUAAGAUGAACCCGGUCAACGACGAGGCUUCUUCCGGGUCAGAAGUGAAGAAGUGGUGGACGCGUCAGCUGACUGUGGAGAGCGAUGAGAGCGGAGAUGACCUCAUUGACAUU